UGGAUGUGGAUGCAAUGAGCUUUCUGUCCAACGAUAUUCCAUCCAUUGGAGAAAGGAAGGCGGCUGAAUUCUAUUCAGUGCUUCCAAAGCAAGACAAGGUAUUGACCGAUCUGCAAGAAGGUAUAAUGAAAAAACCUGGAGACAAUACCAAUCUGGUUGAUGAUAUGAAGCUGCUGUUGUGGAAGCUGACUGCCACUCAACGUCUCCAGCAGCCCAGGUUCUCAAAGUUAGACCAACCUGCUCCGAAGUUCAGCAAGAGAGCCUGUUUCUGGAAGUACUGUGUUACCGACUGACAACAUGUUCACCUAAACAUCCAACAGCACGAUCAACAGUUAAACACAGUGUCAGAGUUAAUCAUUCAGUAAGAUUUCUG